AUGAAUACAUCAACAAGUAACGUUGUACCUAAUUCAACUUCAUCUUCAAAAUAUAAUUUCUUACCUAAAUUCAAUCAUCAUAGCAAUUUACAAAAUCAUCAAGUUGCAUCAACAAAUCAAUCACAAUCAAGAAUAGUAUCUAAUGAUUUGGUCGAUUCUAUUGCAAAUAGUUUAUCAUAUAACAGGACAGUAAGUUCAUCAUCAUCCAUACUAAGUACACCAAGUAAUAAUAUUAGAAAAUAUCAACAGCGGCAACAACAACAAAAUCAUCAAAGUUCAAAUCAAUUAUCUCAAAAUCAAAAACAAUUAGCUCAUAAUCAUCAAAACCGUCACAAUCGUCAUCAUAACACCGAAAAAGAUGAAAAACAUAGUAGUCGAAUAACAAGAAGUGGACAAUUAAUUAAAAAUAAAUUACUUAAUUUACAUCAAUCUCAUAAAGUUUUACAACCUAAUCCGAUUCAAUCACAACAAACCCAACAACCAUCACAACAACAACAACAACAGCAACAACAACAGAAUUCAAAAUUGAUACAAGAUGCGGAAUAUUAUACUCGAACUGUCAUAUUUCCCGAGUUAUCAAGUGAUGAGGAAUUAAGUACAAAUGAUGAAAAUGAAGAAAUGGAUGAAGAUGAUGAAGAUUUUGAAUCAUAUUUCAAGAAAACCGUCAAUUCAAUUCCAGGAUAUACUAAAGGCGAAUUAACUUUAUUAAUAAACAACAGUCAAACCAAUCUUGAUCAUGAAGAUGAAAAAAAACUUCUUCAAGAACAUAAAAGAAAAGAAAUGUCAAAACAAGAAAGAUCAUUCAUGAAAACAAGUUCUUUGAGUAUACGAAGACAAUUACAAGUAACUCAAAAAAAGGAAAUUUUAACAAAAAUGUUUGGUAAUCAUAAUAAUCUUAAUAAUGAAUAUAUAACAAAUAAUACAGAAAUUUCAUCAAUUGGUAAUAGUUUUAAUUUACAAAUGGUAUUUAAUGAAGAUAGAGAAGAAAUUCAACAUUUAAUUGAAGAAGAUAAUUUAUUUAAAACAUCAAUGGAUGAAUUUAGAGAAUUAAGAAAUCAAAAUUCUGAAAAAAACUUAAUAUUUGAAGAUGAUGAAGAUGAAGAAAUUAAUCAAUUAUUGAAGAAAAUACCAAUUGGUCAACUGAAAUAA